UAAAAAUAAAAACUCAUAGAAGAAAAGGAAACGAAGAACAGAAACAGCUUCUUAUUUUUCCACAAAUGGAGGAGCCGAUGCUAACAAUAUCCUCAAUUUCACAAGGAAUUAACAGCUUCCAGCCAAAAUUCUCCGUUACUAUGACGAAUUUGAUCGAAUUUGAUUCCUCUCCGAUGAUCUCACCGAUCGAAAGCAUGCAUCGUGACUCGACAUUAAGAAAACCUUUUUGGUUUUGGCAUUCACCGUUUCCUCAGCUCCAUUUUGAUGUAUUUGGUGCGUUUUGUUGGACCAUAGGCGGUUUAGAGUUGAACAGAAACUGGAAUCUUCAUCAGAAUGGAAAUUUGAUGUUUUGUACAAUGAUCUCGGUGGCUAUAACCCUUAAAAAUUGCCAUUUCAUCACCUUAUAUAUGUAAUGACUACGUAGCACUGCAAAUGUAGCAGCAAAGGGAGUUGAACCAGGUAUGUAUUCAGAACCUUAAAGUAGGAAAUUUCCUCAAAAGAUAUUUUUAUUACUUCCUUGCUUGCGGCACCGUUAAAUGAUCCAGUUUAGACAAGGUGAGUAUAAUCUGCUGAGCAGUGAAUGCAAUACAUUAAGAGCUACUUU